AUGAGUCUACGACGAGAGGGCUACGCCCUCGACGACAUGACGGGGAGCAAGACCUCGGUGACGCGGGCAUCCCAAAAAGACGUCGACGACCGCCAUCAGCUCGCCCGGCUGGGCAAGAAGUCGGUCCUCAGGCGCAACUUUGGCUUCCUCUCGACCGUCGGCUUCAGCUGCGCCGUCCUCAUCACCUGGGAGGGCACGCUGAUGAGCUUCGCGCCCGGCCUCCUCAACGGCGGCUCCGCGGGCCUCAUCUGGGGCUUCCUCAUCGUCUGGCUGUGCAACAUCAGCGUCUUCUGCACCCUCUCGGAGCUGCUCUCCAUCGCGCCCACCUCGGGCGGCCAGUACCACUGGGUGGCCAUGCUGGCGCCGCGCCGCUGCUCCAAGUUCCUCAGCUACAUCACCGGCUGGCUGACGAUAGGAGGCUGGCAGGGCGCCUGCGCCUCGGUCGGAUACCUCAGCGGCACCAUGAUCCAGGGCCUCGUCGCCUUCAACCACGCCGGCUACGCGCCGCAGCCGUACCAGGGCACCCUGAUGCUGUGGGCGGUCGUCGUCCUCGCCGUGCUGUGCAACACGGUGCUGAGCACGCACCUCCCCAAGCUCGAGGGCAUGCUGCUCGUCGUCCACAUCAUCGGCUUCUUUGCCAUCAUCAUCCCGCUGGGGACCUUUGGCGCCCACGGGAAUGCGAAGGAUGUCUUUACCACGUUCCACAACGGCGGCAACUGGUCCACCCAGGCCUUGUCCAGCUUCGUCGGCAUCGUGGGCAGUGUGUUUUCGUUUGCAGGUACGAGUUUCCCCCCCGGCAAUGCCAAUCUGUUGACGAUGUGCGAAGAAGUCCGAAACCCGUCGCUCGUCGUCCCGCGGUCCAUCAUCAUUAGUAUCCUGAUUAAUGGUUCUCUCGGCCUUUCCAUCAUCAUCGCCAUGGCCUUUUGCAACUCCGACAUUGAGGCCGCCUUGGCGUCGCCCUCGGGCUAUCCGUUCAUGGAAAUCUUCUACCAGGCCGUGGGUUCGCGAAGGGGCACCACUGCCAUGGCCUCCAUCAUCAUUUUCAUGACUCUCGCCUCCGUCAUUGGCGUCAUUGCCACCACGUCGCGCAUGUUCUGGGCCUUUGCCCGGGACCGCGGCCUGCCCUUUUGGCGGACUCUGUCCAAAGUUGACUCUACUACCUGUGUCCCCGUUUGGGCCAUUCUCACCACGAGCGCCAUUUCCUGCCUUCUCGGGCUCAUCAACAUCGGCUCGCAGGUCGCUUACAACGCUCUGGUUUCUCUCGCCAUUUCCUCUCUGUACUCAUCGUACCUCAUGGCCGCUGGUUUGCUUUUGUAUCGUCGCUGCACUACGGGUUUCAGCAUUCCUGACCCGUCUUCUCUUCCGGCUGUGGCUGAGACGACGGGCAAGGAGCUGGUUUGGGGGCCGUGGCAUCUUCCCGGUGUUGGGGGCAUCAUUAACAACGUCAUCACUUGCGUUUACCUGAGUAUUAUCUUAUUUUUUAGCUUCUGGCCACCCUCUUCAGAAGUUACGCCAGAUACCAUGAACUUUAGCAUACUGAUUACAGGGUCCUUGGUAUUAUUUAGCACGGUGUACUAUUUGGUUUGGGCUAAGAAGGACUACAAGGGCCCUGUUCUGGAAACUUAG